AUGGGUGGAAUUCGAAAGGUUUCCCAACCCAAGCUACAAGAAGAUUUUCGGGGUCGGUUGGCGCGUGCUUUAUCGUUGUCAUCUUCCGAUUCUGAGAGUGCACAAAGCUCAUCGCGAUCGGCAGAAGGUGACACCGCAGAGAUUGAGUCUCUCCAGGACGAAAAUGGCUUCUCCAGUCUCCAACAUGGGGCAAACCCGGUGGGUAGUAUCUCGCAAGAUAUUACCGAAGACUGGAUACAGGGAGAGGAACUUGGAGAAGAACUCAAUAUCCAAGGAGAGCCUGAAAGUACGGACAGUCGUACCAUGAUCGCCUUCCAGUGCAUCGCAGAAUUAGACACCCGAGUGAAGUCUAUUCAAGGCUCGCUGAGCCCUCUUACAGAUAAGAUUGAAACCAUUUUCAGUGAUCUGGAGGAUAUUGUUCAUCGGCUGGUAGCUAUGGAAGAGGCAAUAGAGACGAUGGCAUCAGAUGGCCAGGAUACUACUGAAGAGCGUAAAAUGACUGAGCGGACACGUCGUCGCCAAUGA